AUGUCUUCGAUGAAGCCACCUGAUGACUACAAAGGCCGCCCACAUGCCAGUGAUAUCAGAUGUCAUGACAAAUUCGUCGAGGAGGCAUCAUCGUCCACAUAUCAGGCUUUUGGUGGCGACAUCCAGCCGGAGCCACUAUCGAAUAAUAAUCAUGAAGCUAUAGAUAGGUUGCAAUACCAGCAGGGACAAGUAGUGUCGCACCAUCAUCCCCAUCAUCCCCAGUAUCAGUUUCAACAGCAGCUGCAACAGCAACAACAGCAGCAGCAUCACCAUACCUCUCCUUUGGCCAAAGCAAAUCUAGGACAGCAACAAAAUCCCGCUGCUCCGGCUGGAGGCCAUUCCUCAGCCCAUAAAAUUGUUUCACCAAAUUCGACAACAACAAAAUCAGCAGCCACGGCGACCACAGCGGCUCGACGUUACUCACGGUUUGAAUGCACAGAUGAGCUGGAACGACGUGUGAGCAGUGGCAGUACAGGCGGCGGAGCGACAAGUGUAAGCGGCAGCAUUGGCAAUAUCUUUGGACGAUCAGGUGAAUAUCAAAGUGCUGUGAGUGGCAGUGGUGGUGAUGUAGGCCAACAGCACCAGCAGCAACAACAACAACAAUACGGCACAGGGCGUUCUUAUGCUGAGGCCAGAUUUAAACGAGGCAGUGUUUACGGCGAUACAUCGAAUAAAUAUUCAACGAUUGGUGGCAGUAGUAGUAGUGGUAUUAGUGGCAGCUAUGCCAGUGGUCUGGAUGGCAGUCAGAGAGGUACUGUGAAUGGCUAUGAGGUAACAUCGAGCAAGCAUUCGGAUGGUGAUGGUCCAAAACGAGCUCAGCAGGCACAACACACGGACGGUAACACAGCACCAGCGUCGUCGUCAUCAGCAACAGGUUCAUAUUCCACAACAAGUUGUACCAGCACACCUCUGAGGCAACGCCUGCCCUCGCAAGCGGGUCUCAGUGAUCUCAGUUCAGCGAAUCCGGGUAUAUUUGUGGGCGGCAUUGGUGGCAGUAACAUUUACUGCAACAACAUACAAACACCCAGCACAUUUAAUAGCAGCAAUCUCGGUGUCAAUUAUUCCAGUGUAGCUGGUCCCACUACGCAACAGGUCCUGUGGGUGGUAGUGGUACAACCGGAAGCGGAGAUUGUGGCAUUGUUGGUACUGCAGCAGCAGGAGCAACAGCAACAGGAGCAUCGUCUGGUUCCGCAUCGGCCUCAACACCAUCAGCAGGUGGAGGAGGCAGCGGCGUCGCCAGUGUUCCCAGACGCCAGGGCAGUUUUACGAAUGUGUUUUCGAAAAUAA